AUGGGCCAUCCGGCGGGACACCUACAUGUAAUCAACAACAUUAUAACGGUGCUUCCCCGAAGUAUUGGGCAUGCAAGCUGCAACCCCGAAUUGGACAUCUCCGGGGAUGGUGUAACUCAUUGCUCCACACCAAAAGGGGUACCAACAGCUACGCAACCGCAUGGCGCUACCCGUUCGGGUUUUGAGCUCCAGAAAGAAGCAUCUAGACAAAGUCUAGUGGUGUUAGAACGAGAUAAAAAGGGAUAUUACUACGUCUCGGAGCGCGUAGUGAAAACGGAGGUGGAGCCUCUAUUCACAAGCGUAGAGAUGUACCCGCGACGCGUAAAUUCUGACACUCGACUGUCGAUGUCACGCAAGCUAGCUCACCUAUUGAAAAUGGUGGCGGUAGGACGAUCUCAAGCAGAGACAACCAUUGAAGGCAAAGUGAGAGCGACCAUCCACAUGUUCAGUCCGGAAAACUGGUAUUCAGGACAGGAUGCUACCUCAUUCAAUUCGCCUUGCACGGGGAUUAGUACACCUACCUUGCACAGAAUGCGGCCGCAUGGCCAUUGGUCUGGUACACGUGAACAGAUGAGAUAUAUAUUCCAACUAAAAGGUGGGCUGCACGAGGCCGAGGGUAUCUGGGGGAUCAGGUACGGCAGCCCGGGACGGCACCCGUGGACACUGAAAAAGGCAGUCAAUUGGUCAUCCAGUGGUCAUCCAGACAGAAUAUUUCAGCCAGAUGAUAUGUUACUACGGUUGUGGGGGAAUUCGAGCUCAUCGGGAAGCCAGAAGUGAAGAAGGCUUCUUCGUCUUCAUAAAUCAUACGCCGAUCACAACGUAGGUGGCAGGCUUCUUUGGUGGGUGCAUGAGAAAGGCAAGACAUUUAUACAAAGACCACGUCACGAAUCGUAGAUGCCAAACGCCACGGCAAGGGGGAAAGUACAAUAAGACAGACAGGUAGGUGCAAGGGUGGAGAACAUUAUCGAUGGGCGUGGUGGGUCCGUAAAGUAGCAGCGGGGGGAAAGGAAGCAUACAGAUUCAUAUAGGCAAAUUACAAGGUCAGACAGGGGCCCCAUCCCUGCGAACCAAGGCCCCAGUGACCACCGGACACGUACCACGGAAAAUAUACAUACAGAGAGAUACGUACGAAAGCGACAGAUCAACACACGUCAGGGAUA